AUUUAUAAAUUACAAUAUUUUACUUUAAUUUAAAAAAUGAAACAAAAAUACAAUUAAGUUAUUAAUGAGUAUCGAUUCAUUUAUGAGGCCUAGAAAUCUGGCAGAGUAUUGGAUGGUUUUUGUUGGAUAACAGUGCCUAAAUAUAAGUGAUAUUUCACAAUUAUAUAGAAUGGUUUCUCAGAUCACAGCUCAGAUAUAAUAGAUUCCAAAUAUUAGUCAGAUACAAACAGUACUCAGGCCACUUGGUAUUCUACAGAGUACUCACCAAGAGCCAAGGGGAGAAUGAAACGUGUAUAUAAAGAAGUCGAGGUUCAACAGACACCAGAUUCAAUCUGAAGUUGGUUCUAACAACAACUAGAGAGAUGAGAAUUAUUUUGUUGACAUUAUCGGUGGUAGUAUGCGCCAUAGCAGAAGCCCCUUACCCACAGCCAAGGAAACCUGAAGGAGCUCUUCUGCUUUUGCCUCCCGAAUACAAUAAGAAGUCAGAAUAUAAUUACCAACCGAGCAAAACAGAAGAUUUGGCCGAAAUAAGCGACAAGGUUAUGCAGAGGCUGCGACAAGAACAAGGAUCAGGCUCCGGCAGCUACCACGUCUACCUGAACGAUGGUCGCCUCCAAAAGGUCCAGUACACCACGGCACCCCUGAAGAGCGGACAACAGAACUCCCCGGCCCAGCAGUACAAGCAGACGGAGAGCGGGUUGAACCCGAUCAUCGCCCAGUUCGGGAGACUCCAACAAGAACUGCAGGAACAGCAGAUCCAACAACUGCAGCAGAGGCAGCAACAGCUGGAACAGCAGCAGCAGGAGCUGAGGCAGCAGCAGCAGGAGCUGAGGUCUGCCAGCUACCUGGCCAGCAUCCGCUACUCCAACGUCGACCCCAUCACCUCCCCGAUCUACUCAUACAAGCCCAGCCCAGUCACUAGGAUCCUCAGAUACGCUCCAGAAUAUUUCUGAACUCAUCAUAUGUUUAAAAAAAUAUAGUUAUAUAACUUGAA